GGGACACCGGUGCACAGCCGGCGCGGACGCCCCACGGGCCCCCCGGGACCCCAGGCGAGGAGAGGGACUGCCAGCAUCCCAGGACCCCCGCCCAGCCCCGAGCAGACCCCAUGGCGGACGCGGUGCUGCGCCGGCUCCUGAGGCUGCACCGCACGGAGAUCGCGGUGGCGGUGGACAGCGCCUUCCCCCUGCUGCACGCGCUGGCCGACCACGACGUGGUCCCCGAGGACAAGUUCCAGGAGACGCUUCGUCUGAAGGAGAAGGAGGGCUGCCCCCAGGCCUUCCACGCCCUCCUGUCCUGGCUGCUGACGCAGGACUCCGCAGCCAUCCUGGACUUCUGGAGGGUUCUGUUUAAGGACUACAACCUGGAGCGCUAUGGCCGGCUGCAGCCCAUCCUCGACAGCUUCCCCAGAGAUGUGGACCUCAGCCGGCCCCGGAAGGGGGGGAAGCCCCCUGCCGUCCCCAAGGCUUUGGUGCCGCCACCCAGGCUCCCCGCCAAGAGGAAGGCCUCAGAAGAGGCUCGAGCUGCUGCGCCAGCAGCGCUGACUCCAAGGGCCACCUCCAGCCCAGGCUCUCAGCUGAAGGCCAAGCCCCCCAGAAAGCCGGAGAGCAGCGCAGAGCAGCAGCGCCUUCCGCUCGGGAACGGGAUUCAGACCAUGUCAGCUUCAGUCCAGAGAGCUGUGACCGUGUCCUCCGGGGACGUCCCGGGAGCCCGAGGGGCCAUGGAGGGGAUCCUCAUCCAGCAAGUGUUUGAGUCAGGAAGCUCCAAGAAGUGCAUCCAGGUCGGGGGGGAGUUUUACCCCCCCAGCAAGUUCGAAGAUCCCGGUGGGAAGAGCAAGGCCCGCAGCAGCGGUGGCCUGAAGCCUCUGGUUCGAGCCAAGGGAGCCCAGGGCGCUGCCCCCGGUGGAGGUGAGCCUAGGCUGGGCCAGCAGGGCAGGGUUCCCGCCCCUCCGGCCCUCCCCAGUGACCCCCAGCCCCACCAGAAGAACGAGGACGAGUGUGCCGUGUGCCGGGACGGCGGGGAGCUCCUCUGCUGUGACGGCUGCCCUCGAGCCUUCCACCUGGCCUGCCUGUCCCCGCCGCUACGGGACAUCCCCAGUGGGACCUGGAGGUGCUCCAGCUGCCUGCAGGCGACAGUCCCUGUGAUGCGGCCGCGGGCAGAGGAGCCCCGGCCCCAGGAGCCACCCGUGGAGACCCCGCUCCCCCUGGGGCUGAGGUCGGCGGGAGAAGAGGUGAGGGGCCCACCCGGGGAGCCCCCAGCCGGCAUGGACAUGGCUCUCAUCCACAAGCACCUGCCAGCCCUGCCUCCUGCAGCCCCCCUGCCAGGGCUCGACCCCUCGGCCCUGCACCCUCUACUGUGUGGGAGCCCUGAGGGGCAGCAGCACCCGGCUCCCGGCGCGCGGUGCGGGGUGUGUGGAGAUGGCACAGACGCGCUUCGGUGUGCCCACUGCGCCGCCGCCUUCCACUGGCGCUGCCACUUCCCGGCGGGCGCCCCCCAGGCAGGGACAGGCCUUCGCUGCAGAUCCUGCUCAGGAGACGUAACCCCGGCCCCUGUGGAGGGGGUGCUGGCCCCCAGCCCUGCCCACCUGGGCCCCGGGCCCGCCAAGGAUGACACUGCCGGUCAGCAGCCCACUCUGCACAGCGGUGACCUGGAGUCCCUCCUGAGCGAGCACGCUUUUGAUGGCAUCCUGCAGUGGGCCAUCCAGAGCAUGGCCCGCCCGCUGGCGGAGGCGGCCCCCUUCCCUUCCUGA